ACAUGUACGGGACAACAGCUUCUCCUCAGCAGUUUGUGUGCGGGUUCUACACGCUGUUCUCCAGGAGAACCCUCUGACUAGAGGAUUUUCACGCUUACGCAAUGGGACACUGUUUAUAUCCGGGACUCGGCGUGUUUAUUUCAGGGAAUAUAGGCUAGUCUUGGGGUUUAAGAGUAAAAACAGGGUGUUGUUGUUGCUGGUGUUUUUUGUUUUUUUUUACCCCUCUCACCUCCUUUCCCCACACUGCUCCACAGUUGGAGCUGGAUUUGGAGGCCAAGAUGGCCGCUGAUCCCAUGCAGGGUCACAUGGUGUCAGAUCAUCUAGGCCUGGGUCAUCACCUGGACCUGUCAGACACCAUGGUGCAGCAGAAGCUGGACGAGAUCCGUGAGCAGAUCAAGCGCGAGAUCCGUAAAGAGCUGAAGAUCAAGGAGGGAGCGGAGAACCUGCGGCGCGUCACCACAGACAAAAAGAGGCUGGCCUACGUGGACACCAUGCUGAAGAAGAGCAACAAGAAGGUGGAGGAGCUGCACCAGGAUCUGCAGGAGCUCAACGCUCACAUCGUGGUCAAGGAUCCUGAAGAGCUUCUGUUAGAAUGCCCUCUGACCCCAGACACACCGAACAGCGAGAGCCGCCUGGCAGCGCUGAAGAAACAGAUCCACAUCGAGCUGAAGGUGAAGCAGGGAGCGGAGAACAUGAUCCAGAUGUAUUCCAACGGCUCAUCCAAGGAUCGGAAGCUCCUGGCUGCUGCACAGCAGAUGCUUCAGGACAGUAAGAUGAAGAUCGAGUUCAUCAGGAUGCAGAUUCUGAAAGCCAGUCAGAGUCACGAGCUCAGCUUCGACACUCAGCACCUCAUCGAGAAGCCUAUUAUCAGCCCUCUGGAUCUGCGGGUGGAGGAAUUAUGUCAUCAUGCUCGUAUCGAGCACGCUGUGGCUGAGGGAGCAAAGAACGUCAUGAAGCUGCUCGGAACGGGCAAACUGGCUGAGAAGAAGAUUCACUCAGAGGCUCAGGCUCGCUUUAAUGAGUCCAGUCAGAAGUUGGAUCUGUUGAAGUUGUCGUUAGAGCAGCGUCUGACCGAACUCCCGCCUCAGCACCCGAAGAGCAGCGUGAUCAUGGAGGAGCUGGUGUUCAUGAGCUCUGCCUCUCUGAGCCCCAGACACAGCCUCGUGUCCACACACACACCAUCACCCUACAGCACUCUGGCCAAACCUGCUGCCCUCACCGGAACGUUAGAUGUCCGGCUGAUGGGAUGUCAGGAUCUGCUGGAGAACGUUCCGGGUCGCUCGAAAGCCGUGACGGCAUCUCUGCCCAGCUGGAGCCCCAGCGACACGCGCUCGUCUUUCAUGAGCCGCCACAGUCGCAGCCGCAGCCUCUCCAAAACGGACGAGCUCUCCAAUGAGAUCAGUGCUGUGUUGAAGCUGGAUAACACCGUCGUGGGCCAGACGAGCUGGAAACCCGUCAGUAAUCAGUCGUGGGAUCAGAAGUUUACACUCGAGCUAGAUCGGUCUCGUGAGCUGGAGAUCUCGGUGUACUGGAGGGACUGGCGUUCUCUUUGUGCUGUGAAGUUCCUCAGGCUGGAGGAUUUCCUGGAUAACCAGCGUCACGGGAUGUGUCUGUACCUGGAGCCUCAGGGGACGCUGUUCGCCGAGGUGACAUUCUUUAACCCUGUGAUCGAGAGGAGAACCAAGCUGAGGAGACAGAAGAAGAUUUUCUCCAGGCAGCAAGGGAAGACGUUUGUCAGGGCUCCACAGGUGAACAUGAACAUGGCGACGUGGGGACGACUGCGCAGAGCGAUUCCCUCCAUCAGCAACUCGUUCAGCCCACAGAGCGGCGCAGAGCAGGGGACAGAACUGGGGCGCAGGGUUCAUCCACACACACACACUCUGACCAGUGAGUCAGCGGUCACUAAGCUGGACUUCGAUAAAGACGCCAGGUCGGGCUGUAAGAGCUACUCGCUGAGCCGAGUCAGAGAAACACUACAGGAUGAGAAGAUCCACAAAGAACAAGUGCAGGAUGCUCUGAGAUCGUUCGACUUCCUGAACAACGUGAACAGCGUAGUGGGAUCCCCUGAGCUCAAGCACACCUCCGAGGAGGAGCUGCAGAUGGAAACGCCCAGGCUGGAGCUCAUCGCUGUACAGAAACACAGAGAGAUCAGGGACGAGGAAGAGGAUGAUGAAGAAGAGGAGCAGUUCCACUUCAGCCUCAGAAACUUUAAAUGUAUAGCAGUGUUAGGACGUGGCCAUUUUGGAAAGGUGUUGCUAGCCGAGUACAGCAUCACAGGAGAAAUGUUCGCCAUCAAGGCCUUGAAGAAAAGAGACAUUGUGGCUCGUGAUGAAGUAGACAGCCUCAUGUGUGAGAAGAGGAUCUUCGAGACGGUGAACAGCGUUCGGCACCCAUUCCUCGUCAACCUGUUCGCCUGCUUCCAGACUAAAGAGCAUGUGUGUUUUGUGAUGGAGUAUGCAGCAGGAGGAGACCUCAUGAUGCACAUCCACGCUGACGUCUUCUCAGAAGCACGUGCCAUGUUUUACGCAGCUUGUGUGGUCUUAGGGUUGCAGUUUUUACACGAACACAGGAUUGUGUACAGAGAUCUGAAGCUGGAUAAUUUACUGCUGGACACGGAGGGAUAUGUGAAAAUCGCAGACUUCGGUCUUUGUAAAGAAGGAAUGGGCUUUAGGGAUAGGACGAGUACUUUCUGUGGCACACCUGAGUUCCUGGCCCCUGAGGUGCUCACGGAGACGUCAUACACCCGUGCUGUGGACUGGUGGGGGCUCGGAGUGCUCAUCUUUGAGAUGCUGGUCGGCGAGUCUCCGUUUCCCGGUGAUGACGAAGAGGAGGUUUUUGACAGCAUCGUGAACGACGAGGUGCGCUACCCAAGGUUCCUCUCCACCGAGUCCAUCUCCAUCAUGAGGAGGUUGUUGAGGCGGAAUCCCGAGCGGCGUCUGGGAGGAGGAGAGCGUGACGCUGAGGAGGUCAAGAAGCAUCUGUUCUUCCGUAGCAUCGACUGGAGCAGACUGCUGGCGCGGAAAAUGAAGCCUCCAUUCGUGCCGUCGAUCCACGGAGCGAGCGACGUCAGCAACUUCGACGACGAGUUCACAUCAGAGGCGCCGGUGUUCACCCCGCCCAGAGAUGCACGCCCACUGAGCCGGGAGGAGCAGGAGAUGUUCGCUGACUUCGACUACAUCGCUGACUGGUGUUAGCGGCCGCUCACACACGCAUGCUAGCUCACACGGACCUCAUUAUUAACCACUGUGAACACGGCUCCGCUUCCACUUCCUGUUCCUCUCUCGCACACAAGACGCUUUUACUCCAGCUAGAACCUUCUCCUGGAGAUGCUGCAUGGAGCAGGAUUUAAAGAAACGCACUCUCUCUCUUUACGAAGGAGGACACGAGUCCCGCCCACCUUCAUGGUCACUUCCUGAAGGGAAGGAAACGCUGAGACUUUAUGGUUUCCACGGUAACAAUACUGAAUACCGUGAUAAAUGUGCAGGAGUGUAUUUACCACUACAGGCUCCGCCCACUCCUCCUUAACGGCCACGUUACUACACCGUGACAAGCUACGUACGCUACACACGUCCUGAUUUCGCUAAGAUGCCACACAUCCGCGUUCACAAGUCAGCUAGCCACUUCACGUGAAAUAAAUCACCCAUGGUUAUAAUAACGUAAUAAACUCAAAUCUAAUGUUACUAGCGAAUUUAGUGAUUGAUCAAUUCUGUAAUAUUUAGCCGAACGUUUGCUAGCUUUGUAAUGAAUUUGUUGUAAAACAUUAGCUACUUUGCAGUAGAACUUUUGGCUUGUGAUUAACAAUUUACCCAAGAUCAUUACUAGCAUAGCUAGUAGAUUUGAUUUUUAGUUAGCCCUUUGUUGUUAGCUAUUUAUUUUUAAUUACAUGCAAAAUUUUGGCUAAUGCUAGCCAUAUUUGUUUAGAUUACAUACAAAAUAGUUGUAUGUAUGAUUCUAUAUUUGUUAUUUACCAGUGCACUAUAUAGAAAUAAUCCCUUAAAGUAUCCAGAUGUGUCAAAAUGCACUGCUGCAGGUUGGAAUCUGAUUGUCAUAAUCUGGCGCCUAUAAAGCACCCAAGCUAAUACGUAGUAUGCUAGCUAGUAAAUUUAGCUAGCUAGUACUGAAACAUUAACGCCGCAUGUUAGAGGGCUAAUGUUAACCCGUUGCUGCAUUGAGCUUAGCUUCCAAAAUGAAUAUAACGUCACUCGUUGAUGCAGAAACGCAAGGCGCUAAGCGAAAUCAGGACGUCGGUAACGGGAUGCAGCGAUUCCGCUCCAUAAUGAUGGACACGACUCGCCACUGUAGGGUCAUUCGCCAUAGCAUGCAGCUGUGAGUUCACUCCAGAUGGUAGGAUUAAAGGACAAUAUUGUAUGUUAAUGUAACGUUUUAAGCAAAUACACAAAAAAUAUAAUGUUUUGAUGAUACUGUGAAUGUGCACCAAGUCGACAAGAACGAUCAUGUACGGGGUAGAAUGGGG